AAAAGCCCGCAACCUACUAGAACUCAACCCUCCCCUGCUUUGCUCGUCCCCAACCAAUUCUCGUGGUAUCCAGUCAGCGUCAACCCAACUGACUUUCCUGCGCGUUCUCUUCCAACUGUCGUGCAAUCCUACCCUGCAGAGUGCGCAAGUGAGGGAGGCGCUAGCCAGCAUGCUCGCUCAGCAGUGGGGCAGCAGUGGGAGUGCGUUCCUCCGCCUGCACUCGUCCGACUCCCCUGCUGCCUGCACCCAGAUGCUCGCUCGGGUGGUGAGAGGGGCUCCGGACGAGCAGGGGCGGAGUGUGGUGGGGGGAGGACCAGGGGAGGUGCUGUUUGGCAGAGCAAGGGGCGUGCGUGGUGGGAGAGGGGGUCGGGGGGCAGGAGGUGGCGUGAGAGGAGGUGGGGGGGGAGGAGUGGGUGGGGGAGGAGAUGGUGGGAGAGGAGGAGUGGUUGGGAGAGCAUUUGGUGGGGGAGCAGCGAGGGCUGGCAGCAGGAGUCAGAGGGGGGCCGUGAGGGCAGGGAGACGACGGGCAGAGGAGCGGCGAGUUGGGAGAGAGGGUGGAGGAAGCGGUGGUGGGGGGAGAAGGAAUGGCAGAAGGGCGGUGAGGAUUAGGCUGCCUGGUGGUAGGGUGGUGGUUCGGGGGAGAAAUGCUGGAACAGGGAGGGAUAGGCGCGGGGACAGGGAUAGGCGCAGGGGAAGGGACAGGAGUGGGGGAAGAGGUGAGGAAGGGAGGCGAUUUGAGAGUGGCGCAGGGGAGGAAGAGGAGGAGGAGGAUUACUCGGUGGUACAAAUGCCGGUUUGGAUGGCGUGUGAGGUGGAGGGGGAUGGUGAGUCGGUGGAGGGGGGUGGUGAGUCAGUGGAGGGGGGUGGUGAAUCGGGGAAGGGGCGAGUGAGAGGGGAGGGGAGUGGCGAGGCGCUGAGAAGAGUGAAAGAGGAGCAGGUGGAUGGGGGGUUCGCGGGGGGGAGUAUGUUGCAGGUGCAGCACACGAGAGAGGGGGAGGAGGAGGCUGCGGAAGAGGUUGAGGAGGGGGUGGGUGAGGGGAAAGAGCAGGAGAGAGGUGAGGAGGCAGGGAUGGAAGAGCAAUGGCAGGCGCGAGUGGAGGGAGGGUGGGAGCAAGGGGACCGUGGUGGUGGAGUGGAGAAAGAUGGGCAGGAGAGGGAGGAGGAAGAGGAGGAACAGGCACAGCAGGGAGGGCAGCAGGGAGGGCAGCAGGAAGCAGGGGCAUGCAGGGAGCGUCCGUUUGUGGUGUUGGCACCAGCUGCAGUGGUGUCUAUGGCCGUGGGUCUGGAUUCCAUAGACGUGGUUAUUCUGGUGGAUGACUCGGCAACUCCUUCCUUGACCACUCAGCACCUGCUCGCCUCCCUGCUCUUCCACCGAAACACCUCCACCGCUCCCAGCCCCUCUCCACAGCAGCAAGCCUGCAGCAUACCACCUCUCACCGUGCUGCGCCUCUACUGCCCUGCAACUGAGGAGCAGCGGCUGCUGGAAAGCGCGUGGCACGGGGCAGUGAGGGGCUUUGACUGGACUCGAGAGUCUGAAGAGCAGCGUGUGCUGCAGGGCCACAGGCAUGGUGCUGGGAGGGGUCUGGGGGGUUCGGUGAGGGGAUUCGCUGGUGGAGUGGGGAGGACGAUGGGGAACGAGAGGAGAGAAGAGCGAGAGGAGAUUGGGGGAGAGGUGAGAGGCGUAGGGGUGGAGGUAGGCGAAGGGGUCUGUGGAGAAGGGGAGGAGAUGCAGUGGGAGGCGAGGAGAGGAGUGAAGAGGCGUGCUGGUGGGAGGGAGGGGGGGUGGAAGAGGGACGAGGAGCACGGAGACGAGGAGGAGGAGCCAAGGAAGGGGAGGGAAGGCAAGCAGAUGCGGAAGAGGCGAAGGGUGGACGGCUGUACUGGUGAAGAGUCGAAGGGGCGUUCUAUGGAGGAAGGAGGUGGGGAGGGAAGGAGUGAUGGCAUUGCAGGGAGAGGGGACGUGAGGCAGGAGGAAGGGGGGGGAGGGAGUGCUUAUGGGAAGGGGGUUGGCGAGGAGGAGGCAGGAGAGGGGCAUAGGAUGGAGUGCAGCGGGAAGGGGUGGGGCAGCGGGGUAGGGGAGGUAAGAGGGGAAGACGGAGUGGGAGGGAGAGAAGAGGAGUUACGAGGAGAGGGACUUGGGGAGGAGGGGCAUGGGAUGGGAGCGGAGGAGGAAGGGUAUGGGAUGGGAGCGGAGGAGGAAGGGUAUGGGCUUGGAGGAGAGGAGUGUAGAAUUGGAGGGGAGGAGGAGGAGCAUAGGAUUGGUGGGGAGGAGGAGGAUUGUCUUAUUGGUGGGGAGGAGGAGGAGGAGUGUAGGAUUGAUGGGGAGGAGGAGCAUAGGAUUGGAGCGGAGGAAGAGGAGGAUAGGGUUGGAGGGGAGGAGGAGAAGCAUAGUAUUGGAAGGGAGGAGGAGGAGCAUACAAUGGGAGGGGAGGAGGAGGAGCAUCAGGUGGGAGGGGAAGAAGAGGAGCAUAGGGUGGGAGGUGAGGAGGAGGAGCAUAGGUUGGACGGAGGGAAGCAAAGGGGUGAGGCUGGGCAGGAGGUGGGAAGUGAGAAGAUAAGGGUGGAAUGGAGAGACUAUGGGCAUGGGUUGGAAGAGACAGGCAGCGGGGAAGAGGUAGCAGGGGAGGAGAGACGAGAUGGGAUGGAAGGAGUGGUGGGAGGAAGAGGAGGGGAGGGAGUGCAACUGUGGGAUAAUGCAGGCGAGAGGUUGGGAGUGGAGAACGGGGCGAGUUGUGCGCGGUGUAGAAGGGUGAGAACCAAUGUGAGAAGCAGUGACGGUAGCACUUUGAUGAGCGACGAAUGCAGCGCAAGGACUAGUGGGGUGUGGCGGUCAAUUGAGAUUGUGAAGGCCGACAUUGCUGCUGCUGUGGCUGAGGCCAGGAGGCAGGUGGGUGAGAGGGGGAGGGAUGUGGGCAGGCAAGGAGACGAGGGAGUGACGGGGACGAAGGGAGUGGGGGAGCGAGAAGGUGGAGGCUUGGUGGGGGAUGCAGGGGGGAAAGGUAGAGCAGGAGAAGGGACGGCGAGGCUGACUGGAGCAGAGGGAGAGGGAGGAGUGGGAAGGGAGGGAGGAGUGCGGAAAGAGGGAGGAGUGGGAAGAGAGGGGGGAGUGGGAAAGGAGGGAAGAGUGGGAGAAGAAGGAGAAGUGGGAAGAGAGGGAGGAAUGGGAAGGGAGGGCGGAGUGGUUGACGGGGCGCAGAGGCUGGGCAAGGGUGGCGAGGAGGGGAGUGUGGAGAUGGAGGAGGGGGAGUGGCACGAGGAGGAGGAGAUGGAGGGGAGAGGUGCAAGUGGUGGUGGUGAUGGGCGCUCCUUGGAGCAGCACAGGGCCUCCACCGCCCCCUCCCUCUCGCGCCCCUCAGCCCGAAUUUCCGCGCAAGCAGGCAGCAGGGAUCAAGGGACAGAGCGGCUGCCCAGUCAGCACCGCCCACAUCUGCCAAGUCAGCCUGGCCCACAUCCACCCAGUCAGCAUGGUCCGCUUACCCUUAUGCCACGUCAUCAUCCGCCUGGCUUUCCUAUGCUUUUCCAUGCCAACCAUCCCCCCACCUUUUUCCUCGCACGCCCUCCAAACGCCCACCCCCAUUAUCCUCACACUGCUGCUCUCAACCACGCUCCUACGCCUCCUCCCACUCCCCGCAACCACCCUCAAUCUCCUACCACCUCCCGCACCCCUCCCAACUCCCCUUCGAACGCACCUCACCAACCACGUGCCUCCACCCCCCAUCCGCCCCUGCGCCUGCCAUUUUCCCCCUCCAAGAAGGCUUGUGUGUCGACCCAGAAGUGGCUGGAUGAUCUGCCACGUGGUUCAGCAAAUGAAGGGAGAUGUGGCGUGGUGAACGCUGAGGCGCAUGAGUGGGAGGAUGACGUGGCAGAUUACAUGCCAGGUGGCUCACCGAAAGAGAAGACAUGCGGAAAGCUGGGAGAUAAGGCAGGCACGAAAAGGGAUGAUGUGGCGAAGCAGGUGCCAGCUGGCCCAUUGAAUGCAGUGACAUGUGGAACGGAAAGCAGGGAGACACGUGGUGAAGGGAUGGAUGAGGUGGCAGGCCAGGUGCCAGCAAGCAUCCCACGUGGCAGAGAGGGGCAUGAACAGCCCCUUAACCAGGUGGCACCAAGCAGUUCCCGUGGCAGGGCGGAAAAUGAAGCAAGGCCAUCCCCUGACGGUGGGUCAAAGGGGGGGUUACCGGGGAGAACGGGAGGGAGAGCGGUGCGACGGGGGUGUGGAGUGGUUCGGGGAGGUGUGCUGGUGGGAGUGGGAAGGGGAAGAGGGAGGGGGGUAGGAGGGCGAGGGAUUGGAGGGAGGGGGGUGGGAGGAAGUAAGGAGGGGGCCCAGAAUGGGCAGAUGAAAGUCCGGGGAGAUGAGGGAGCGGGGAUGGCAGGAGAGGGAGUGGAGAGGAGUGCGGGGAGCUCUGUGCUGGGAAAGCGAUCAAGGCACGAGGCUGGCUUGAACGGGCAGGAGGAAGGCAUGGGAGGGGAGAAAGGAGGCAUGGAGAGGCAGGCGCAGGAGGAUUGGGCGAUGCCGAAAGAGGGGCUUGGAGGAGAGGCGGGGCAGGUUACAGCUGGGGAGAGGUUGGUGGGUGUGCAUGUGAUAUCAGCGAAAGGCAGUCAGGAGGCGGCAAAGCCAAGGAACAGGCAGAAGGAGGGUGGUGAAGGAGAGGUGGGGGCGGUUAACGAUGUGGGGAUAUCAAUGGAUGUGGCGGAUCAGGUGAUUACAACGGGGGAGAAUCUGGUGGGCAUGGAUGUGAUCGCAGGGAAAAGGGGUCAGGCAGCGGUGGAGCUAAGGGACAGCCAGACCGAGGGUGGUGAAGGGGAGGUGAUAUCAGUGGGAGGAAGCGGACAGGCGGCAGUUGAGCUAAGGGAUGGGCAGAUGGAGGGUGGUGAAAGCGAGGUGGAGGGUAUGAAAGCGGGGGAGAAGUCUGUGAAUGGGGUGGCUGGAGACGGGCAGGCGAUUAAAGGGCGGAUGGAGGCGAAGGGAAGGGCGGAGGAGGCGAGAGAGGAGGGGAGAGGGGAGGUGGAAUCGGGGAAGGAGGGAGGUGACGAAGAGGAAAAGGAGAAGGAGGAAGGAGGAGGGCGAGGGAAGGAGGCGGAAGGAGGUGAGGAGGGGGAAGGGGAGAAGCAGCAAGCGGUUGAUGUGGAGACACGCGGCAGGGAGGAAGGAGAGAUGGACGGUGCAGAUGGUGUGGGGAGGGAGAGGGGUGAGAGGAGAGAUGGGGAGGAAAUGGAGGUGGGGGAAAAGGAAGGAGGGAAUGAAAAGGAAGUGGGGAAGGAGAGGGAAUUAGGGGAUGGGAGGGAAAUGGAGGAUGGGAAGGAAUUGGGGGAUGGGAGGGAAGUGGCGUCAACUCAGGGUGAUGGCGGUGAGUGUGGGCAGGAGGAAGGGAGAAGCGCGCUUGUAUCUCUGGAAACUGCUGCAGUCGACACUGCUGCAGGCUACAGUGCUGCAGGCUACAGUGCUGCACCUGACGUCCCUGUAGCAGAUGCUUCCCCCAAGAGCACACCUGCUGUCAACGCAGCUGUAGCAGACUCAGGUGCAGCCGAGACAGCUGUAGCAAGUGCAGCCGAGACAGCUGUAGCAAGUGCAGCCAAGACAGCUGUAGCAAGUGCAGCCGAGACAGCUGUAGUGAGUCCAGCCGACACAGCUGUAGCAGACACAGCUGUAGCAGACUUAGCUGUAGCAGACAUGGUUGCAGCAACAACAGCUCCAGCGCCAGAUACAGCUGCACCAGAUACAGCUGCACCAGAUACAGCUGCACCAGAUACAGCCGCACCAGAUACAGCCAAGAGGGUCCAUGAGGAGGGCGGAGAAGAAGGUAGGGAUGGGGCUGAGAAGGAGCAAGGGAGUGGGAAUGAAGCGGAGAGAGAGGAGGGGACUGGGGCUGAGGGUGCGCAGGGUCAGAUUGGCCGUUCUUCUGUUGGAGCAGAGCGAGCAGAGGUAGGGGUGGAAGCAGACGGAGAAGAAGGGGCAGAUGGAGCAGAGGGAGCAGAGGGAGCAGAGGGAGCAGAGGGAGCAGAUGGAGCAGAGGGAGCAGAUGGAGCAGAUGGAAAAGAGGACGCAGAGAUGACUGAUGGGGCAGAGGGAGCAAAGGGGGCAGAGGGAGCAGAGAGGGCAGUGGAAGCAGAUGGGGCAGAGGGAGCAGAGGGAGCGGAGGGAGCGGAGGUGGCAGAGGUGGCAGAGGUGGCAGAGGUGGCAGAGGUGGCAGAGGUGGCAGAGGGUGCAGAGGUGGCAGAGGGUGGAGAAGAAACAGAGGCAGGAGAGAGAGGGGAGGGGGCGCAAGCAGCUGUAGUGACAGGGAUGGCGAGUGGGGAAGGAGCAGGAAGAAUGGAGGGAGCAGGGGAGGUGGCGAUGGCAGAGGCACAUGCAGAACCAGCAGGGGAGGGAGGAGGAGAAGAAGCAGCAAGAGCGAGGAUAGGAGAAGGUGGGGAGAUGGAGAGAGGGGAACAGCACCAACGCCUGCUCAUCAGCGACAUUCAGCAGCAGCAGCAGCAGCAGCAGCAGCAGCAGCAGCAGCAGAAUGGUCACCCUGCUGCUGGUGUGCCUGGCAGUGGUAUCACCACUCCCCCCCCCUCAGACCACAUCCCCAUGGACACUUCCACUCUCGCUGCCGCCCAGAGUAUCACCCCUGCCACGCGGGAUAUCUUGCUGGCGGAGCGGCUGCGUCUGGAGGAUCUUAUGAAGCACCAGCAGGCUGCCACGCUGGCAGUAGAGCGCCAGCUGGACGAUGAGAAGGAGCGCCAGGUGGCGCUGGUGCUGCAGCGGUUUGAGCGGAGGAAGGCGGUGGUGAGAGCGAAAGGGGCGGCAGAAAUGGAGAGGACAAGGGAGGCCAUAGGGAUGGUGGAUGGUCUGAUACCGCUGCUGCAGGCUUGGCAGGCCAAAUACUCAAGUGGGGCGGGGGCAGCAGCCUCGGGAGCAGCAGGUUCGGGAGCAAGGGUUGCUGGAGGUGGUGCUGGGACUGCUGGGACUGCUGGGACUGCUGGGACUGCUGGGACUGCUGGGACUGCUGGGACUGCUGGGACUGCUGGGACUGCUGCGGCUGCUGCGGCUGCUGGGGCUUCUGCUGGUGGUGCUCAUGCCGGUGGCGCAAGGGUUGCUGGACGUGGUGGUGUGGGGGCAAUGGAUGUGCAUUCACUAACCACAGCAGCGCUGCCUACAGCAGCAAUGGGCACUCGAGCAGCAGCUGUCGGCACGCCAGCCACCGUGCAUGCGGGCACAACGAGCAUGCAAACGAGCAUGCACGCUGCACGGCAUGCUGCCGUGACUGCAGUGACUGCAGCCAUGAGUGCAGUGAGUACAGGCAUUGAUGCAUCCGCAGUUGCUCCCCAGCAACGCCCUGUGACGCCAGCUCCUGUGUCUGCUGCUGUUCUCUCAGGCCAACAAGCGCUGACUCAGCAGCAGCGGCAGCAGCAGCAGCAGCAGCAGCAGGUACCAAUGCAGCGGCAGCGGAAUGUGCAUGUGCUUGUGCAUGCACAAAUGCCCUCUCUGCCCCAUCCUGUGCAGCAGCCGCCACAGCAAUUGCAGCAGCAACAGCAACAGCAACAGCAGCAUCAGCAACAGCAGCAGCAGCAGAACUCACAUCUAUUCACAGUUUCUGGAGUGAAUCGUGUGUUUGCUGCACCUCCUGCUGCCAUGUCUCCUCUGCCUGCUCCACUUUCCCCUUCCGCUGCCACUGCUGCCAUGUUCUCAGCUGCUGCUGCAAUGUCUCCUCCUGCCCUCUGCAACGCCACCUCAACUCCCUCACAUGCCAUGCAUCCGCCGUCAACUGGCCCCCAUGCCCCUCUCAACGCCAACGCUGCUCACCUCCCUGACAUGGCACAGCCUCAGCAUGCUCCCGCCCCACACGUCCAGCAGCAGGGGUGCAUGCAUGGUGAGAAGCAGUUGUGCAUACACGCUUCAGUGGGUCACACGGCUGUCACAUCCUCCUUUCGAGUUCUAG